AUUGGGGGGACAGCGCCCGCCCACCUGCACUCCCUGUAGCCCAAGCUCCUCCGCACCCGCGCGGAUACCCCACGCCGGGGGAGCUGAGCCCCGCGGCUCUCGGCCCCCCGCAGCGUCCUCGGACCCCAUGGAGAACGCGCCCACCGCGGCUUCCUGAGUGCGGGCGCCGCCGCCGUCCAAACUGCGCGCUGGGGUCUUCCAACUCGUCCCUCUCCGGGGCGUCCGAGAGGCCGGGAAAGAGCGCACUAUGAAGUCCGUUCUGUUCAGCCGCUUCUUCAUCCUCCUGCCUUGGAUCCUAAUCGUCAUCAUCAUGCUCGACGUGGACACGCGCAGGCCAGCGCCCCCGCUCACCCCGCGCCCCUACUUUUCUCCCUACGUGAUGGGCCGCGGGGGCGCCCGACUGCCGCUCCGCAGGGUUGGUCCCGACAGCGGCCCCGGGCGCCGCUGGGUGAAGCGCAACGAGUCGCGGCCACAGCCACAGCCGCGGCCCGAGCCACCUCUGCCCACCAUCUAUGCCAUCACGCCCACCUACAGCCGCCCGGUGCAGAAAGCCGAGCUGACCCGCCUGGCCAACACUUUCCGCCAGGUGGCGCAGCUGCACUGGAUCCUGGUGGAGGACGCGGCGGCGCGCAGCGAGCUGGUGAGCCGCUUCCUGGCGCGGGCCGGGCUGCCCAGCACGCACCUGCACGUGCCCACGCCGCGGCGCUACAAGAGGCCGGGACUGCCGCGCGCCACUGAGCACAGGGGGUCAGGCUUAAGUUGGGUGCUUACGUUACUGAGGCACCAGCAGGCAGAGCCCAACAUCUUCUUUUUUUCCCCUGAAGUUAAUACCUAUUCUCUUAAAAUUUUUCGCAGAAUGCGAACUACACGCAAGGUCUCUGUCUGGCCAGUGGGCCUGGUUGGCGGGCGACGCUAUGAACGUCCGUUGGUGGAAAACGGCAAAGUCGUUGGUUGGUACACCGGCUGGAGAGCAGACAGGCCUUUUGCCAUCGACAUGGCAGGAUUUGCUGUCAGUCUUCAAGUCAUCUUGUCCAAUCCAAAAGCCGUAUUUAAGCGUCGUGGAUCCCAGCCAGGGAUGCAAGAAUCUGAUUUUCUAAAACAGAUAACAACAGUUGAAGAGCUGGAACCAAAAGCAAAUAACUGCACCAAGGUUCUUGUGUGGCACACUCGGACAGAGAAGGUUAAUCUAGCCAACGAGCCAAAGUACCACCUGGACACGGUGAAAAUUGAGGUGUAAAUUGAAGAAACUGAAGCAGCAACUGGUGCAGUUUGCCUGGCUGGUGGACGUGGGAGAGGACGUUUGGAGGUCAGGCUGCCAAACAUUCAGGUAUUGUUCACUUUACUUCAGUACAGCAGCCUUUACUGUCAUCUGAUGGACAUCUGUUUAAGCAGAGCUUGCCAGUUAACAUGGCUGACUGGAUGGUAUAAAGUGUGUGUUUUUUGUCUUCAUUUGUUCUGCAUGUUUUCCCUACAACGAAACUGGAAGUUCUUUGUACAGUACAGCUAGUGACACUGCGGGAUACACUGUGAGUAUCUUGUGUACUUUUUUUUUUUUUUUUCCCAUUUGGCCUUAUAAUUGGUGGAACUGGUUUCAGAAACAAAGGACAGGUAUUUUGUUGACUAAAUGUUCCCAAUUCCUCACUUUGCAAUAUUAAGUAAUUUUCAUACGGUUGGUGGCAGUAUACAUUGUAGGAAAUAAAACCCACAAAAAUAAAAAGGUCUAUGGAUUUAUCUGUUUAAUAUAGGGAUAUAACAUUUUGUCAAUACUAGGCACCAUAAAAUGUAAACACAAUUACUGUCAUAAACCUGGAUAUACCUUCAAGGAUUGAAAGUGGCUUUGUUUAGUUACCCUGUUUGCAUAUAGUGCAGAGAAAGGUCUUCAUGUUAUUAGCACUAUGUACAUAAGAAGAGAUCCAAAUUACAAGAGAGGCAGAUAAAAUUUGAGUUCUUUAAACAUUCGUUAAACUAAGUUUUGUAGUAACAUCCAGGUUUAUCUUCCUUUCACUAGCCACGUUCCCUGUUAAGCACAUCAUAACAACAGCACAGUGAAGUGAAUGAUGAAAUAAAAGAACUUUGAUACACUAGAAAACAGUGCUCAGUGACACAUUUACAUUCUAUUUAUAUGAUUAAACAUUUGAUCAUACAGUACCUUCCUACAGGAUUACUGGCUAAUUUGGGGGUGGGGUUUAUACUGUUAGAGGUAUUACUAACAUGAUAACUACUUCCCUUAUAUGCAAACAUUAGAGCUAUACUUUUAUCGAGAGUAAAACUGAUUAUGCAAGUUGACUGAGCAGCUUCUCAAAUAAUGUGGUUUACGAAAUCAUGGGAAAUGAGCAAAGCUGCCCUUGACAUAAAAUCGUUUCUCAACCUGCUUUUCACAUCAAAUUUAAUCUGUACAGACCAACACGGUCAGUCAGAUAAUUCUUCAUAUGAACAAAUGGGGAAAAAGAAAAAAAAAAUAUGUACAUGAAUAAACAGGGGAACUAGAUGCGUUUUAGCAAGGAAUGUCAGGUGGUAGUUCUGGAUGAAACUUGCAGUGCAGUUUUCAUUUCCACAGCUGUGUGCUGAGAGUCUGACCCGAUGAGCUUCCAGACCAGCCCGCUGUUGUGCUGGGGGGCUGGCCAAAACCCACUGCGGGGUUUGUACUGCUGAUACUCAUGCCGGCCAUUUGCUGAUUCAUCUGUGAAACAUAAAAGGCUUAUUUUAGGACGUUUACUUCACUUUUAAUUCUUGUUUCUUGAGCCACAGUUAGACAUUUAUUAGAAGCUGCCUUUGAGGUUAAUUUAGUCAAAGAGAUAAUGAAGUUUAAUAGCAAUUAUAGAAGUAUUUUUCAUCAAUAUGAAAAUUAGUCAAAGCACAGGGGUAUAAGUAGACUACCAAACAAUUAUUUCCCUAGAGAAAGCAAAUAGCUAUUUUGUUUCCUUCUUGUUCUUUCCUUCCACUUUUUUUUUAGCAUUGUCCAUAAAGUGAUCUCAAUCCUAUUUAUUCAUUUUCAAGACUCCAUUUCUUGUCCCCCAAAGAUUAACCACAACUGAAAAAACACCAAAGCAAUCUUUGAAUUUGUAUUUGAGUCCACUAUUCUAACUUUCAACUAUAUCAGGAUGUUGUGCUUUAACUAUAAGGACUGAGUAAAUUUUAGAAAGUCAAAUACUCCAAAACUAUAUACUGUUUAUGACAGGUAUUAUUCUGUCUUCAUUAAAAUCUUAAAUGGUUCUAAAUACUUCCUAAGUAUUAAAAAAAGGCUGUAAAGCAUACAUUUUCUUUUGCUUAACCACUAAACAUCUAAAAUUAAUUUUCAUUAUAUAAGGUAUAAGACGACCUGUGUUUUUCUUCCAGACUGGAAUCAUAUAUGUAUAUAAGCAUCCUAACCCUUUCACUACGGUACUUCUCUUCUUCUAAUACUGAUGAUAAGGAAAGGAAAGGCAAGAUUUAUCACAAAGUACAGAGUGGAUUCAAAAAUCUGUGCUCAGGGUUGGAAUGUAUUCUUAAUAAAGUUCUUUAGUGGUCUUGCAAAGAUACUAAUGUUCACCACAUUGCUGAUGAGGCAUAGUGUCCACGUCUUCAUACCAACUAAAGGUUGUAAACCACCUUGUUGGCCAACAGAUUCCACUGAGGGGUGCUGGAAAACAGCAGCACCCCUCAGCAUGCCUGAAAGUAAAGGCCAACGUUAACUCCUUACUGGUUCAUCUAGCACCUUAACUUUGAGCUGAGUAUACUUCAGUAUUUUGGCUACACAAAAGCUGUUACUGACAUUUGGUACUUAAGGUUCCCAGAGGGUGGACACCAAUGUCACAAUGACAGUAGGGGCUCCUGGCUGGCACAGUUGGUACAGCAUGUGACUCUUGAUCUCGGGGUUUAGGUUCAAACCCCAUGCUGAGUGUGGGGAGUACUUAAAAAAAUCUUUAAAAUGUGAUAGUAAAAGCAUUCACAGGAUGUAUAGUGAUUUUUAGUAAUGUUAACUAUCAGUAUAGACUAUUCUCUGAAUGCUCUCAAGGUAAAACAGCUGAACAGAAACCAAGAUUCCCCCCAGUGCUAGAAGAACACCAAAUAGGAACUGUAAGGGAAAGAGAGGCUGGAGCAUGAAGCUAAAUCUAAGGGUCUUUGUCUAUGCAGAAAAGUCAGAGUGGAGCACUAAAACAGACUGAUUUGAAAAAAGUUUUACAAGUAGAAAUGGGAUUUCAUAAUGUAAGGGGAUGUCUGAGACAGAUAUGGACUUGUCCAUAAGUAAAAAGGAAACUCAACUGUACAAAGGUUUUUAAACUUUUAUAAAGCAGGGGAAGUAGGCAUAUGACAUGAAGAACAGCCUAGAUCCCUUACAAAAUAGUGCUUUGAGACUGGAAACCACUCCCUGCCCCCAACUUAGUAGUGAACAUAGGCAGGUCUAAGUGGACUAUAAAAAUGCCCCACCAGGGAGCUGGGUUGAAGCUUGGUGCUAAUUUCACAGGUAGCAGAGAGGAAGUCUCUCAAGAUGCCCAAGAUAAUUUCCAGCUGUUACAAACAGGAUGUUCACCAGUAUUAUAAUCUGAAAUGAAAAAAUGCUUAACACUGCUUUACAGAAUACUCUAAAUAUAGGGUCAGUGACAGCUCACUUGUCUGUUUGAUGUAACUUCAUGAUACCUAUAGACAAGUCCCAUCUGAUACAUUAUCCUUACUCAGAUUUUUCUGCCAUGUUGUUAUUUUUAAAUAAACCAUUCAGAAAAUGAAUCCCAUUUCUUUGAUUUUGGAGACUCUGGAGAGUAAAUGACCCCCUACCUGUGAGAGGUUCCACUGGGGCUGCUGAGCUUGCGGCAGGCCAAACUUACUCUGGGGCGCGCCCAUCUGUCCCACCAUUCCUCCGUGGGGGCCAACCACAUUUGGGGGAAGUGGCAUCACACCAGUUUGUGCGUUUCCCAUAAACCCAUUGGGCAUGGGCAUGCCCACCAUCAUGCUUGUACUCUGUCCCAUCACAUUUCCUAGAAGGCCAGGAGCUGCAGGUGCAGGCACAGGCACGCCCAUUGGUGGAAAACCUUGAAAUGCAGUCGGUGCUUGUGAGGUAAAUGGUAUAUUUGUGGGUCCCAUAAACACACCUGCAUUUUAAGAACCAUGAAAAGAAAAUGAAUGAAGAAAGCAGGGCUACUGUAUACAGUUGCACUCACCUCUAUGAUCACAGAAAAAGGAUCACCAUCUUUCUGAAGAACCCACAGCAAAAAUUUUAAUUCCAAUCUGCUGCUACUGUUCAGACCGACUCACAACCUCAGAGCUGGUUACUUCCAAAAUGCACACAAAUCAGUUACAAACCUGAGCAAAUUUAGGCUAGAUAUAUCUUAUGCAAUAGCCAUAUAAACUCCACAGCAUGAGAUUAUGUGCUGUUUGUGCUGACUUGCACGGCUUGUCUCCCACUAUCAGAUACACAACUGAGAGCUGAUGGUGUCUGGCUUUAAUGGAAGCAAGUGUCCUAGAAUUCCAGCUCAUUAUUUCAGAAGGAGUGCAUUUGACAGAUUCAAACUAUGUAAACAAUAGAUCUGACUGUGCUAGUCUUUCAUUAUAAUUAUUAAAAACUCAGUUUUGGAAUUCAUGUGAUAAUUCAGAUUGCUUAUUGUUUACUUACAGAGAAAAUACCAUACUGUACACAAAGUUGUAAACUUCAUGCAAAUCAAAAUAAUUCUUCAAAAAUAAUCCAUGUCCUGUAAGCUUGUGAAACAAUAUUAAGUGAUAUGUGAACAGCGUGUUACUUCUAAAUAAAGUUUUGUGAAUCCUGUG